UUUUUAUCGUCCAACAUAUAAAAUCUUCUACACAGUGUUCGGUUCCAUUUAGAUACAAAAAGGUUUUAAAGUUACCAUGAGUAAUAUACCGCUAUUUAUUAAAUCAGUAUUAUUGAUGACAUUUAUACAAAAUAAUAUAGCUCAGUCUGAUGACGUAUACUACGUUGCGGAUUUUAAUGACGAAAUAAAGGACUGUGAUGGUUUCAAAAAUGAUAUGUUCAAGUGUGAUUCCCUAAAAGUUGGAACUAUAGAUGGGGGAGACAGUCUAGGUCUGUCUGGAAAUCUAUACGUAUUAGCAGAUAUAACGGAUGAGUAUUCAGUCGAUUUAAAAGUGUGGAAGGAAACCGAUUUGGCCAAGGAAUUUAUGUAUACAGUUGCAGGGAAUCUUUGUAGUAGUUUACACAAAAAGGAUACGCCGUGGUGGCCGUUAGUACAAAGUCUAAAUGCUUCGGAAUGUCCAAUAAAAAAGGACGAUUAUCCGAUUGACAAUAUGGCUAUGUCACUUGAUUUUGCGAAAGACGUCCUACGUCACGAGUUUGUUGGCGACUACGAGAUACAAUUAUCUAUGUUAGACUUAACAGAAACGCAACUUUCUUGUCAUAUCAUAUCUGUGGGCAUAUCAGAGAAAACGAAAGGUUGAUAUCUGUGCACCAUAUGUUUUCAUUAUGAUUAAAUUGUAUUCUGUAUUAAAUUACAUUUCAAUAUAUAUAUACAUAUAUUAUU